CAGAAGCUAAAAUGCGUCUUCUGCUGCAAAUGCCGAGAUCAUGCGAUGAGAAAUUGUUGGCUGUUAAUGUUUAUUUCCAUCGGUGAGACACAUGUGCGUGGGCCGGGUUGCGACGUCCCGCGGAAACGCUAUCGUCGUCGCCCAAUAUUGUAACAGGAUAAAAGUUAAAAUGAAACUGAAGCGGUUUCUCCUGCGCCAUUUUCCUCCAGGGCUAGGUCUUGAAUAUACACAAGGAGCAGAGACCAAGAUGAAAAUGAUUGAUCUCCUGGACCUCGACAUAAGGUCCGACGUGGAGGCCGCCGCCUCGGUGCUCGCUGCGCAGGAGCCGCUGCUGACGGGCGGGGUGCGGCCGCAGCUGGUGCGCUCCCUGCGCGCGCUGCAGCGCCGCCUGCGCGAGGCCGCCAACACCCGCUACCUGCGGCACCGCACCCUCCGCGCGCACAUCCUGCCCCUGACCAACGCCACCUUCAGCCGCGCCGGCGACCGCUGCCUCACCGGCAGCUACGACCGCACCUGCAAGCUGUGGGACGUGCACGCCGGCGGAGAGCUCCGCACCUUCGAGGGCCACAGGAACGUCGUGUUCUCCGUCGCCUUCAGCAACCUCGACGAGAAGCACGUGCUGACGGGGUCGUUCGACAAGACGGCCCGCGUGUGGAACGCCCAGACGGGGGAGUGCCUGCAGACGCUGUGGGGCCACUCGGCCGAGGUCGUGUCGGCCAAGUUCGACCCGACGAACCAAUUGGUGGCCACCGCCUCCAUGGACAACACAGCCCGGCUGUACAACACGGUCUCGGGGCAAGAGCUGGGCACGCUGCGGGGCCACACGGGGGAGGUGGUGGUGCUGCACUUCAACAGCGCCGGCGACACGCUGCUCACGGGCUCCUUUGACGGGACCCUCGCGCUGUGGGACACCCGCACGAACCAGCGCAUCGGGGUGCUGACGGGACACAGGGAAGAGAUCUCCAACUGCCAGUUCAACUUCGACUGCAGCCUCGUGGCCAGCUGCUCCCUCGACCGAACGGCCAGGGUGUGGGACCCGCGGCAGAUGAAGAGCCUGGCGACAAUCACUGGGCAUGAGGAGGAGCUCCAGGACGUGUCAUUCGACUACUCGGGCCGGCGGCUGGCUACCUGCAGCACGGACUGCACGGCCAGGGUGUGGGACGUGGCUGAGAACUUUGACCUGGUCGCGCUGAUGGAGGGACACCGCGACGAGAUAUGCAAGGUAUGCUUCAGCCCCGGGGGCUCGCAGCUCCUGACCGCCUCCCAGGACCGGACGGCCCGCCUCUGGACGGUGGAGACGGGGACGUGCGUGCAGGUGCUCGAGGGCCACCGAGACGACUUGUUCUUCUGCAGCUUCAGCUACAACGGGGAUGUAUUGCUCACGGCCAGCAAGGACAAUACUUGCCGAGUGUGGCAGCGCGACGACCACCAGGGCGGCCUUCUCCGACUCGCCAUCGACAACGAGGACCUGGCCGGCGACCAGGAUGUCCUCGACGACAAUGUGGGGGACUGAAAGCGUAUCGGUGACCUAUCGAAGGAUAGUGCAGAGGAACGGCGAGUUCUUUCAAGAGCGUGUGACUAAGAGCUGAUCGAUAAGUUCUCGCCGAUUGCCAGCAGGUAUCGUUUACGGUCGAAUUAAUCUGGGAUAAUCCCUUGAGCACUCGCGAGGUCCUUAAUUGUGAAGGCCCCAUCCUACCUACUUCACGUAUCACUGUGACGCUGACGCUCGUCAUGUCAGUCCUAUUUCCUGUUGUACCACGCGCUUCGACGAAUUCAUAAUCACGUGCCAUGCUCGAUUCUUUUCACGUGAAUUGGUGAACUAUUUCUCUAUGUGUACUUAUUAUGCGAGCGUCAUGAUAACUAAUUAUUAUAGUUUGUUUCACCAGGUGACAUAAAUUGUAUCCUUACAUACAGUAGUAUCAUGAUCGUUGUAACUCAUGCUCGCGUUUUAUACUAGCGUGAUACAUUUCGGCGCGAUUUUGACAAUAUGCUAUCUAAUCAGCUAGGCUUUGGGGCUCUGGCUGACUUCUGCAACGACGCCCCAGCCAUACAACACAUGGGCUGGCAGCUGUAAAUCCAGACAAUGAUGUGCAUAAGUCGGCAUACACUAGCUUUAUCUGGCUAAAGAUAUGCGAUCACGAGUUGGGUUUAAUAAGUUAGGAUUAAGAUCAUAAGACACGGCACUUUGCUAUUGAUUUACAACUAUAAUUGUUACCUUAACGUAAAUAUUUACAGACAUACAACAACUAUCAGUCUUGAGUGCCUUAAUACUAGUCACAGAAAAUGCAACGGAAAACAUUGUGACCGCGCCACAUACCAUCUCAAAAAAUAAAGCAUCAUGACCCCUAAAA